UGAUUGCGAUACCUUCCGAAAGAUGCGCUAGAGCGCGCAUCUUCUCUAUCACUUUUUUCCCUUUUUUCUAUAACGCAAACCGUGACCUAAUGUAAUAAUAAUGUCCUGCGACAUACAUUAUGUCCCGUCUAAUUUAUUCGGUUCAAUUUAGCUCAUCCGUGACGUGAACAAUUACGCGCAAAAAGAUUAUGCUACGAUUAAUUUAUUCAGCUUAUCUGCAGCGUAGGUGAGUCUUUUUUUCUACGACAGAUUGAAAUGUCAACAUGAACGGCGUCAAGAAGAAGAGCAAUCAUUUGGCAGUAUUUAAGCAGCGCACUAGAAGCGACGACAAUGCCGAAUUGUCGAAAAGUAUUAUUAUACGAGCGAGAAAGACAGGACAGUUGAAUCUUUCGUCGAAAGGAUUGUCUACGGUACCUGACCAAGUGUGGAAUAUAAACGAAUUAACAGAAGAGGAAUUACGUGAUUUACAUUUUGAACUUGAUUACGAACAUAAAGAAGAGCGAUGGUGGGAACAAGAACCGUUAAAAACCUUGGAUCUAAGUUCCAACAGCUUAAUUACAAUAGAUGAUAAAAUACAAUUUCUGACAGAAUUGAGUAAUUUAAAUUUGCAAAAUAAUUUACUAGAAGAAUUACCGCCUGAAGUUGGGUCUCUGCAUAAAUUAAAAAUAAUAAAUUUAUCAGAUAAUAAGCUAGAAAAUUUACCUCCUCAAUUUUAUAUGUUGGAAGAAUUACAUGAAUUGUAUUUGAAGAAUAAUCAUUUAAAUAUGCUUGAAUCCGAGAUUGGAAAUUUAAUUAUGCUGACUUGUAUGGAUUUAUCAUAUAAUAAUUUAAAUAAAUUACCAAUUGGAAUGGGAUAUUUGGUGCGAUUAGUUACAUUAAAUUUAAGUUACAAUAUGAUUAAAGAGUUACCACCUGAUAUGACAAGUAUGAGAUCAUUAAGAAUACUUGAUGUGAGCUUUAAUCAGUUGGAGGUGUUACCACCAUUAGGUGAAUUGCGAAAAGCAGAGAAAAUUAUGUUUCAGUCCAACAAUUUGAAGAAGUUUCCAGAUAUAUCAGGUUGUUCAGCUUUAACAGUAUUGCACUUGGAUAACAAUAACAUUCCUGAAAUUGAUUCACAAUGCUUAGAAACAGCAGGACAUUUAAAAAAACUUACAUUACAAAACAAUAAAAUUGAAGUAAUACCUGAAGAAAUAAUCAAGUUAAUAAAUUUGGAAGUUUUUGAUUUGUCGCAUAAUAAUAUAUCUUUAAUACCUUUCUGCAUCGGCAUAUUGCCCAAUCUAAAACAAUUUGUAAUUAAAGGGAAUAAUAUAAAAAACAUAAGAGCAGAUAUAAUACGAUGUGGUACACCUCGAAUCUUGACACAUAUCCGUCAAAUUACAGAUAGUACAAGUGUAAAUACCAGAGAAUUAUUACAAUCUAGUAUCAGCGUUAGCGUCAGAUGUUAUCCUGACAAAUAUAUGAUGAAGAAUACAAAAUUGCUUAGCUUAGCUGGGCAAAAUCUUUUGGACUUACCAGAAGAAGUCUUAGAGAAUGCAGUUGAAGCUUCUGUCACGACUAUUGAUUUAAGUAGAAACAAAUUAUCAGAAUUAUCUGACAAAAUGUCAAUAGUCAUUUCAGUGAUGGAUUUGAAAUUAACUUCAAAUCAUUUAACACAUUUACCUGAAUGGAUUGGUGAAAAGUACAAAUAUCUGCAAAUUUUAGAUAUAAGUAAAAAUUAUUUAAAAUCUUUACCAUUGAGUAUUAGUUGCCUGAAAUAUUUGCGAGAUGUUGAUCUUUCAUUCAACAGAUUUACUGAGAUACCAGAAGCCAUUUAUGAUGUUAUAUCUCUGGAAAGUUUAAUUGCCAAUGAUAAUGUAAUUGCAGCGAUAGAUGUAUCAGCUUUAGAAAAAUUGAAAAAGUUAGCAGUGUUAAAUCUGUCAAAUAAUAAUAUUGCUCAUGUGCCACCUGAACUGGGUAACUUGAAAAACCUAAGGAAUCUAUCAUUGUCUGGAAACUGUUUCAAGUACCCUAGACAAGCAAUUUUAAUGAAAGAGACAGAGGAAAUAUUAAGCUAUCUACGCAAUCUAAUACCUCAAUAAGCAAACCAAAUAUCGUAUGAGAAAAUUGAUUGAUUCGCAAGUUUAUUUUUAACAAAAUAUAUGUAAUUUGAAAUUAUAUGUAUGUGUGUGUGUCUAUGAAAAUGCAUGUGUGUGGACAAUAUAAAUUUGCAGGAAAUGAAA